GCGCGCAACCUUAAUGACACGGGCUGUGUCAUUUCGCAGGGUUGGAGCACUUUCGCGCCCGUCAUUUCGCAUCUUGCGCAACCUUUUCACCUUACUUGCAGCAUUCAAUCUCAAACAAUGGGCCUUGCGAGCAAACUCGCUGGUGGUGCUCGACCACUCGGCGGCGCUCCUCAUGGCGGACAACCUUAUGGUGCUCCUCCACCGACGCAAGCACCUUACGGAAGUCAACCACCCUACGGCGCUCCUCCUAAUCAACCGUACGGUGCACCUCCGCCGAAUCAAGCUCCUUAUGGGGGUCAACCACCAUACGGCGCUCCUCCGAAUCAACCGUACGGCGCACCUCCGCCGAGUCAAGCUCCUUAUGGUCCUCCUCCGAAUCAGUCGUCUGGUGCUCCACCGUCGAACAAACCGCCAUAUGGAGCGUCACCAACUGGCCAGGCACCGCCAUUCCAACAACCACCGUACGGAGCUCCUCCUGGCGGUCCCGCUCCACCUUUUGGUGGUGUCGGGAUGAACCAAGCCGGCCCGUAUGGUGGUCCUCCAGGUCCUUAUGGAGGCCCUCCACAAAACGGGCCAUACGGACCACCACAAGGAUCGUUUCCAGGGGGCUUUGGACAAAGUGGUCCGCCCGGAAAUGCACCGUGGGGAGCACAGUCUGCUCCACCUUCAGGAUAUCCUGGAGCUGCUUAUGGUGCUCCACCCCCAGGUGCGCCGUACGGUCAGGCUCAGCAAGGUCCACCAGGCCAAUCCGGAGUGGGGGGAAUAUCUCACGCCCAACCGCAUCCGGCAGCAGCACAACGCUCCUUUCCUGUCAUUGCGGCCAAACUAGACUACAUUGUCAAUACAAACCAGCUUCAAAACUUUUACCCUCCCCAGACUAUUCAGCAGAUCGCGGACCGAAUCUCGAAAACAGUGGAUUUUGAUAGUUUGACUGCACACUGGAAAUUACAAACGUCGGAACUGGCUUAUGAUUUGGCGAGUUUAGCGCUAUAUGACAUUGUGAUUUAUUCGGACGAUUCUGGAUCAAUGAGCGCAGCCGAGAAUGGAGAACGAAUCGAUGAUCUCAAUCUCAUCGUCUCCAAAGUUGCAGAAAUUGCAUCGCUAUUUGACCAGGACGGCAUUACGGUCCGAUUCAUGAACUCUGAGCAACAAGGCAACAACCUUCGUUCUGAAGCUGAAGCCACCGCCCUCAUCCGCUCCAUACGCUAUAUGGGGGUGACACCUCUCGGCUCACAGCUCGAUGCCAAAGUUAUCCAGCCGUUGGUGAUUGGGCCUGCCCGAUCGAACAGUCUUCAAAAGCCCGUAUUGGUGAUUACCAUUACCGAUGGUGAACCGGUUGGUGAACCAAGAGAUAAAGUCCAAACCGUAAUUGCCGGGGCGAAGCAGGCCCUCACGUCUACUCGUUACGGAGGUGGUGCCGCUGCAUUUCAAUUCGCACAAGUGGGUAAAGAUCAGGGGGCUCAAAGGUUUUUGGCCACUCUUGACAAUGACCCCAACAUUGGACGCAUGGUGGAUUGCACAUCUUAUUUUGAGCUGGAGCAGAUGGAGAUGGCGAAGAAAGGCGUGAAUCUAACACCAGAGAUGUGGUUAGUGAAGUUGAUGGUUGGAUCGAUUGAUCGUACGUAUGAUGAGCAGGAUUAGUCGAUUGGUAGGAUGCGCCUAUAUUCAGAUAAGGUAGGGGGGGAGGGGGGUAUGAGGGAUAAUUUUUACUUCACUACUGGUGCUGUUUAGUGCGAAUCCUUAGUUAACGGGAGGCCAGUGAUAUUUCCCGCACAGGGCUUAUGUUUAGUUCUUCCCAUUAUGUAUUUUGACAAGAGUUAUAAUCCAAACCA